AUGGAUACGAUUUCAAUAACUGAUGGAAUUCCACAAAAUCCAAAUGAAGAAAGAUUUAAAAAAUUAGUUAAAAAAUUUAAAAUAAAUUAUAAUGGAAUUCAACCACAGUUUCUUUGUCGUGCGCCAGGUCGAGUUAAUCUUAUUGGUGAACAUAUUGAUUAUUGUGGUUAUUCCGUAUUGCCAAUGGCUAUUGAUCAAGAUAUCGUAUCCGUCUUUGCUACAUGUGAUAAUAAUGAAGUACAAAUCAAUAAUACCGACGAAUCAUUUAAAGCUAGUUCAUUUAACAUGGAAAAUUUUUCUAUUUCAUAUGAAAAAUCUGAUUGGUACGAAUAUUUUAAAUGUGGUAUUCAAGGCAUUCGUGAUAAAUUUCCUGAUAUUAAAUUAAAAGGUAUGAAAGUAUUGAUUGAUGGAACGAUUCCACGUAGUGCUGGUCUUUCAUCCUCGUCAGCACUUGUUGUUUGUGCUGCUUUGACAACAAUUGUUGCUAAUGGAAUUAAUAUUAGCAAGAGUGAUCUAGCAGAACUCUGUGCUGAAUGUGAAAAAUAUAUUGGUACACAAGGAGGUGGAAUGGAUCAAGCAGCAUCUUGUCUUGCACAUAGUGGUUCAGCAAUGUUAAUUAGUUUUAAUCCAUUGAAAAUUCAAGAUGUAACUUUACCAGUUGGUUGUGCUUUUGUUGUAACACAUUCAUUAACUGAAGUUAAUAAAGCAGCAUCAGAUCAUUUUAAUACACGUGUAUCUGAAUGUCGAUUAGCGACUCAAAUAUUAGCCCAUGCAAAAGGUCUUGAUUGGCGUUCAAUUCGUAAACCAUAUGAAUUACAAAAUGCUCUUGGUUUUACAAUAAAUGAAUUGGAACAAUUUGCAAUAGAUACACUUCAUGAAGUACCUUAUACACUUGAUAAAAUAGCUGGUUUAUUAAAUGUAACUGUUGAUGAAUUAAUUAGUAUUAGUUUAAAAGCCAAUAUAAAUCGAGAACAAAAAUUUGAAUUAUGUAAACGUAUAAAACAUGUUCUUAGUGAAGCUAAUCGUGUUUUACUUUUUAAACAAGUAUGUGAUUCAAAUACACAUGAUCGUCUUGAAACACUUGGAGAACUAAUGAAUCAAAGUCAUAAUAGUUGUGCAAGAUUAUAUGAAUGCAGUAGUAAUGAACUUGAUCAAUUAACAGAUAUAUGUCGACAAAGUGGUGCUUUAGGAUCACGUCUGACAGGCGCUGGAUGGGGUGGUUGUGCUGUUUCACUUGUACGACAAGAAAAUCUUCAUGAAUUUAUUGCAAAUGUACGCGAGAAAUUUUAUAUUAAUAGUAAAGAUACAAAGCGUGUUAAUAAUGCUGAUCAAAGUAUUUUUCCAACAUUACCAGGAUGUGGAAUUUAUGCCGUACGAUUAUAA